AUUCGGCGUCACAUCAUCCCGGAUAUCCGGUUGCUGGGUCUGUGCUCCACGUGUUUUGCAAAGACGAUCGUCGCCAGUUUAUACACCGAUAAUUCGAGCUGUUGAAGUUGCACUUUGUGUAAACUUUGUUCCUCCCAAGAUGUUCCUGCAGUUUUAUCUGAAUGAAAGCGGCACCAGAGUCUACACUCUGAAGAAAAUGGACCUUUUGGGCAAGCCCACCAGCUCUGCCCACCCGGCCCGCUUCUCGCCGGACGACAAGUUCUCCAGGCACCGUGUGACCGUGAAGAAACGUUUCGGCCUGCUGCUCACCCAGCAGCCGCGACCCAUCCUGUAAACCACGGCUGACAACGGAGAGGGGCCCCAUUCUUGUUACCCCAAGCUGGCGACCGAGAGGGGCCCUCGGAGGCGACUGGAGGACAUCAUCAUAAAGGACAUUGUUGACUUUGACCGCAGAAGAUGCAUUUACUGGAGGCGUCCCACAAGAUCUUUCCUCGAUUGUUGACCAAUCUUUAGCUAACGUUACUUUGUGAUUUUACUGUUUUUUUUAUUUCUCAACAAGUUGGACUAUUCCAAUCCAGUUGACUCCAGUGAUUGUUCUAUUUUGUGUGCCUUGCCCACAACUCAAAUCCAAAGUACAAAUUUAAAUUUUGUUUGUUCAUAGGGAUGGUGAAUUUUGGAAAGAGUUCAGCCGUUUUAUUUUUGGUUGUUUUUUA